UGUCCUCGCUGUCGUCGACAGCCCCUCUCCCUCCGUUGCCAUGGAUUUGGGAAGCCUGACCACAGUGGUUGCCAACUCGGCCUACAUAAGCGCCCGCGGCAGCUUCGACGGCUCCAACCCGGCGGCCUCGCGUGACAAGAAGUACCACGCCCGCCUCAAGCUGCCCCACAUCACCGUGUGCGAGGGCCUCCAGGAAACCCUGGACCUAGCCUUUCAGUCGGUCUGCGUGGAGCAGCCUAUCGGCAAACGCCUGUUCCGCGAGUUCCUGGAGACGGCGCCCGAAUACCACGGUCCUUGCCACUUGUGGCGGGACAUCGAAGAGUACGACUUAGCCGAAGACACGGACCGGGCCCAGAAGGCGUCCAGGAUCAUUCAGCGUUACCUAGAGUCCUCGGCCAAGCUCUACUGCCCCUUCCUGACCCCAGAGACCGUGACCCAGGUGAAGGAGGCCCAGCAGGGGGCCGGGGACGCCCUCUUUGCCCAGACACUGGCCUCUGUGCUGGGCUACCUCCAGGAAGUUCCCUACACCUUCUUCCUGGAGAGCAUGUACCUGAAGAGGUUCCUGCAGUGGAAGUGGCUGGAGAUGAAGCCCAUGGACCAAGACUGGUUCCAGGACUUCCGUGUGCUAGGGAAGGGGGGGUUCGGGGAGGUGUUUGCCUGCCAGAUGAAGGCCACGGGGAAACUGUAUGCCUGCAAGAAGCUCAACAAGAAGAGGCUGAAGAAGAGGAAGGGCUAUGAGGUGAAAAGACGGGGAGGGGGUGAGGUUGUUUCUGAGAGUCUUUGGUGUGGUCCACCAUCUCUAUUCAUGUGACAUUUCCUGUAUGAUAUGAGAGAGAUGAGAUGCUAUCCCAAGAGGAAAUCACUUCGUUAGAAUACAGUAUGCUUCUGUAGACUAUUAAUGCUAGAUCAAGCUGAUAGUCACAAUGACUAAUGCCAUGGAAGGGUAUGUGGCCAGGGGUCAUACCCUACAGUAUGUACCCCGGGGGUCAUACCCUACACUAUGUGGCCAGGGGUCAUACCCUACACUAUGUGGCCAGGGGUCAUACCCUACACUAUGUGGCCAGGGGUCAUACCCUACACUAUGUGGCCAGGGGUCAUACCCUACAGUAUGUACCCCGGGGGUCAUACCCUACACUAUGUGGCCAGGGGUCAUACCCUACACUAUGUGGCCAGGGGUCAUACCCUACAGUAUGUACCCCGGGGGUCAUACCCUACACUAUGUGGCCAGGGGUCAUACCCUCUGUGACUGACAGAACCCCUGUAAUCUUGAGUGAAAAUGGUUAUAUUCAUGGAAUUAGUUUGCUGCAGUUUUGAAGUAGGCUACAGUACCUGUUUUCCUGUAAGCAAUGAGGAGAGAAUAAUUGUGUUAAUCAAGUUUGCCUCUGUCUUAGCCCUCUGUAUUAAACACAGCACAUGGAUAGAGCGAUUACAGAGAGGAUUAGGGAGCUGUUCUCAGUGGGACUGCUGGGGAAGGUUAGUUCAUGUCCUUUACAGCUAGUCCAAGGCCCUGUUUGAAAAUGGUAAAAAUUCCUCCUUGCUCAUGUCAAUCACUGAUAUAACAUGAUUAGAUAGGUGAAAGCAAGGAUUCCACUAAAUAACUUUCACCUAUCUAGGUGUUAGAUCAGUGAUUACUUCAAGGAAGGAUGCAUUUGAAAAAUAAUCGAGCAGGGCCUACCGCUGAGAGACUGUAUAUAACGACGAGAUGGUCUUGGUCUCCCUAAUAAUGGGAGUCUUGGGAGCUUAUCGGUCUGCUUAUUGCUGUAUUCCCCCAGUGGACAGAUUUUGACGGGAGUGGACCCUCUCGCUUUGCCUCUUCCUACCGGUAUGAAUUUGUGAGUGAUGGUUGCUAUUGUCAUGUUUGUCCCCCUCCUCUACUCUAGGGGGCGAUGGUGGAGAAGAGGAUCCUUGCCAGGGUUCAUAGUCGCUUCAUUGUGUCACUGGCCUACGCUUUCCAGACCAAGGAUGAGCUCUGUCUGGUUAUGACCAUCAUGAAUGGAGGAGACCUGAAGUAAACACACACCUUAUGAUAGAUCUGUAACAUGUUUGUUCCCAUACUUCCCCAGAUACAUUUAGGUCAUUUAGCAGACGCUCUUAUCCAGAGCGACUUACAGGAGCAAUUGGGGUUAAGUGCCUUGCUCAAGGGCACAUCAACAGAUUUUUUUGCCUAGUCAGCUUGGGGAUUCAAACCAGCGACCUUUUGGUUACUGGCCCAACGCUCUUAACCACUAAAUUACCUGCCACCCCAGGUACCACAUCUAUCUGGUGGAUGAGAACAACCCAGGGUUUGAGGAGCCCAGAGCCUGUUUUUAUGCAGCUCAGAUCAUCCAGGGCAUGGAGCACCUUCACCAGAAGAGAAUAAUCUACAGAGACCUCAAACCUGAGAAUGUGCUGCUGGACAAUGAAGGUACACAAUGAGAGGUGUGCAUGUACAUACAAACACACACACCCACACGCAUGUCAUGCUUGUGUGAUGUGACGCUGUCCAAAUGUUGUCCUUAGGUAACGUGCGUAUCUCUGACCUGGGUCUGGCAGUGGAGCUCAAGGAAAACCAGACAAAGAUCAAAGGCUACGCUGGAACUCCAGGUCAGUCUCAGCUGCAGCUGCCCGACCUCAUUAUCUCACAAUGGGGUUUCACGUUUAGUGUCUCCAAGAGGAUCCAUUCUGGCUCUUGUGACUGACCUUUAACCUUUGACCUUUGCUAUCUGCCCCCAGGGUUUAUGGCCCCGGAGCUCCUGAAGGGGGAGAAGUAUGACACCUCAGUGGACUAUUUCACCCUGGGGGUCACGCUGUUUGAGUUUAUGGCCGCCAAGAACCCGUUCAGGGAACGUGGAGAGAAGGUAACCUGCUCCCUUUCAUCCCUACACUCGUCACACUGGAUAACAGUGUACAACUCCUGGUUCCAUCCCAGCACUUUUACACACCUGUCUUUGAUUCUUCCUUCAAAGGCCAUCAUUAUUUGAGACAGGUGUGUUUGUGCAGGGCUGGAACAAAAGCCUGCACACCCAGUUGGCAAUGGCAUUGAUGUACUGUUGCUAACCUGCGGUUUUCUUCUGGUCAGGUUGAGAAGGAAGAACUGAAGGAGCGCAUCAUGACCGGGACUGUGGUCUACCCAGAGACAUUCAGUGAGAACGCCAAGUCCAUCUGCUCUGCGCUGCUGGAGAAACAGGUGGACCAGAGACUAGGUUUCAAGAACGGGACCUGUGACGAGAUCAGGACACACCCCUUCUUCAGCGCCAUCCACUGGAGGAGACUGGAUGCAGGUACGAAGGCUAUUUCCAAGUGCUAACUGAACCAAAUGUUAAGUUGUGGAUGUGGUCUGGAUUUGGGCCAUAAUUUUGCUGUGUCACACUCUACAGCUGCCACAAAGACAGACUUCACAUCAGAAGCACACCAUCCCUCCCUCUGAAGUUCACUCAGUAAGAGUCUCUCUAACCUCCUCCCUCUCUCCUACAGGCAUCCUGUCCCCUCCGUUUGUCCCCGACUCCAAGGUGGUCUAUGCCAAGGACCUGGAUGAUGUGGGUGAGUUCUCCUCGGUGAAGGGGGUGGGGCUGGACGACCCCGACCGCGUGUUCUUUGACGAGUUCUCCUCUGGGAACAUUUCCAUCCCCUGGCAGGAGGAGAUGAUUGAGACGGGGAUCUAUGGUGAGCUCAACAUGUGGGGACCUGCAGGCACCAUACCCAACGACCUGCGCAGGGAGUCCAUUUUGGAACAGCCCAAGUCAACAACCUGCUGCUUGGCGUGAUUGUCUCUUUGGAAACGGAGGACGAAGAAUGGAGCUCAGACGUUCCGGAUCAGACCAACCGUAGCUCUUUGAGGUGAUGUUGUGUUUAGUACACUUGGAAUGGAACAUUCCAAGUGAUGAUAUCACAAAGCGCUGCCAACUGAUUCUUUUUUGAACGCUUGACGUUUAGAGUAGAACAAUGAGAAAAACAGUUUAAAAAAAACAUACCCCUCAAAGGGCAUUGAUGGGGAAAUGCGUCGCCAUCGUGACAAUGACACCUGGACCCAGACAAACACUCAGACAGUCCAGAACAGAACAGCAAAUCAGGUUCUACACAAUAACGUUGCCAUGGAAAUGGAACUGUUGAGUGGCACGGUGUACUGACUGCUCAUUGGUUGAGACUGAGAGACUGUUCCGCUGCUCCUAGAGUGAACCUGUUAGAUGGACUUUGGACCUUUGUACUUCAGUUGGGCCCAGCAAUAGAUAUUCUGUAUUCUCAACGCAUACUGACAGAUAAUUUCGCAUCGUCAAGACAUAGGUGUGCGUGUAUGAGUGAGAAAAUGAGAUGCUUUCUGAUUCUGCUCACUAUAGCACUAGUGAAAUGUGCUAAGAAACAGUUUACUAAAUUUGUCAAUAUAUACUGAGUAUACCAAACAUUAGG